AUCAGGCAUUUACAACGGUGAGGAGGCACCCAGAAUCAAGAUUUUGAAGCCGAAGGAACCUGAAACAGAAGCCAGUUCCUAUCCCGAAUUUUACUGAUGAAGAAAUUGAGCCCACGGAGCUAAAGUGAUUUUGCCCAAGGUCGCCCAGGGAAGACUGUGGGACUUCCCAGGAGUCAUGAGAGCACUGGGAGGUAGCUGUAUGACCGUAGAAAGUGACCUGUUUAAAACCAACGCCACCCUCUGUGAAAGCCAGGGAGCAUUGUUCAUUUAGCCAGCUGGGAGAAAGAAACCAGGUGUCCUGGAUCCAAACCUUUUUCUGUGGCGCCAAGUGUUUGUGGUACCUCCUGAGGCAGGGCCAUGCUCACAUUCAUGGCCUCUGACAGUGAGGAAGAAGCAUGCGAUGAGCGGACGUCCCUGAUGUCGGCCGAGAGCCCCACACCACGCUCCUGCCAGGAGGGCAGACAGGGUGCUGAGGAUGGAGAGAAUGCUGCCCAGUGGAGAAGCCAGGAUAGCGAGGAGGAUGGCGAGGAGGACCCUGACCAUGUCUGCAGUGGGGUUCCCGGGCGGCCACCGGGCCUGGAGGAAGAGCUGACCCUCAAGUACGGGGCAAAGCACGUGAUCAUGCUGUUUGUGCCUGUCACUCUGUGCAUGAUCGUGGUGGUGGCCACUAUCAAGUCCGUGCGCUUCUACACAGAGAAGAAUGGACAGCUCAUCUACACACCAUUCACCGAGGACACACCAUCAGUGGGCCAGCGCCUCCUCAACUCCGUGCUGAACACUCUCAUCAUGAUCAGUGUCAUUGUGGUCAUGACCAUCUUCCUGGUGGUGCUCUACAAGUACCGCUGCUACAAGUUCAUCCACGGCUGGUUGAUCAUGUCAUCCCUGAUGUUGCUAUUCCUCUUCACCUAUAUCUACCUCGGGGAAGUGCUCAAGACCUACAACGUGGCCAUGGACUACCCUACCCUCUUCCUGACCGUCUGGAACUUCGGGGCGGUGGGCAUGGUGUGCAUCCAUUGGAAGGGCCCCCUAGUUCUGCAGCAGGCCUACCUCAUCAUGAUUAGUGCACUCAUGGCCUUGGUGUUCAUCAAGUACCUCCCAGAAUGGUCUGCGUGGGUCAUCCUGGGUGCCAUCUCUGUGUACGACCUUGUUGCCGUGCUAUGUCCCAAAGGGCCACUGAGAAUGCUGGUGGAAACUGCUCAGGAGAGAAACGAGCCCAUAUUCCCUGCUCUGAUAUAUUCAUCUGCCAUGGUGUGGACAGUGGGCAUGGCAAAGCUGGACCCUUCCUCUCAGGGAGCCCUCCAGCUCCCCUAUGACCCAGAGAUGGAAGAAGACUCCUAUGACAGUUUUGGGGAGCCCUCCUACCCUGAAGUCUUCGAGCCCCCCCUGACUGGCUACCCAGGAGAGGAGUUGGAGGAAGAGGAGGAAAGAGGCGUGAAGCUUGGUCUCGGAGACUUCAUCUUCUACAGUGUGCUGGUGGGCAAGGCGGCGGCCACUGGCAGUGGGGACUGGAACACCACGUUGGCCUGCUUUGUGGCCAUUCUCAUCGGUUUGUGUCUGACCCUCCUGCUGCUUGCUGUGUUCAAGAAAGCGCUGCCCGCCCUCCCCAUCUCCAUCACGUUCGGGCUUAUCUUUUACUUCUCCACGGACAACCUGGUGCGGCCAUUCAUGGACACUCUGGCCUCUCAUCAGCUCUACAUCUGAGGGACUUGGGACAUUGUGGGCUGGAAGCUGCAGGAAAUUUUAACUGGAUUCAGUUGUAUAGUUUUACACUCUAGUGCCAUAUAUUUUUAAGAGUUUUCUUUCCUUAAAAAAAUAUAUAUGUGUGUUUACUUCAUGAAGAGGAAGCAGAACGAGCUUUUUGGUGCUAGCUGUUUUGUCACCAGACUUUGGCUCACCCCUCUAUGAGUGCCUGACUUCACUGACAGGAAGCACAUCAGGUUUAUACGGAUGCACUGAGAAGGUCAGGUAGUGUGGGAGGGGUGGGAAGAAGAAUGUCUGGGAUGUUGUCUCGAGGGCCGAGGUGCAGGACGACGGGCAUCUGUUGGGGACCAGAAGAACGAGCUCAGGAACUGCGCCCAGCACCUGGUCACUGUGGCUGGAGAAGAAACUCCAGUGCCCUGUAGGGAACGUUCCCAGUGCUAUGUCUGUGCGUUGUCGUUAUUUUAUUACCUUUAGAAUCUGAGUCUUGUUCCUGUUUCAGCAGUCAUACUGCUGGGAAGUGACCUAAUGUUAAUAUUAAUAAACAGAUGAGUCCUGAUGGAA